UAAAACCCUGACAAGAAACUGCCUCUCGUAUAGCAGUCAGCAGACAUAACAGUGGAGCUGGAGCGAGACUGAAGGCGGGAGAGAGAAGAGAAAGUCAAAUGAGUUGUUGUUGUUGAUCCGGAUGGCAAAGUUCAAAACCCUAAUCAAGAUCCGAGGCGCCAUACCAAACAUUUGUCCAAGGAAGUGGGGCCAACCAACAGACUCCCCUCUUUCGUCUUCAUUCUCCAGUUCAGGACGACCCCUCUCGGCGCUUGCCGGAUCUCCAGCAACUUUGUCUUCUCAAUCUCAAGAGAGAGGCAGAUGGUCGAGAUGGUUGCUUUUUCUUCCUGGGGCUAUCACGUUUGGCCUUGGAACUUGGCAGAUCAUUCGAAGGCAACAGAAGAUAGAAAUGCUGGAAUAUAGGAAAAGAAGGUUGGAACUGGAACCUAUCGCAUGGAAUAGCUCAUCUUCUUCUUCUCCAGGUGAAAAUUUGAGUUCCCUGGAGUUCAGGAAGGUGAUAUGUGAAGGAGUGUUUGAUGAGAGUAAGUCGAUCUAUGUGGGCCCACGCUCUAGAAGCAUUUCGGGAGUUACUGAAAAUGGCUACUACGUUAUUACACCUCUGGUGCCAAUCACUGACAACCCUGAGAGAGUGCAGUCACCAAUCCUGGUUAAUAGAGGAUGGGUUCCACGCAACUGGAGGGACAAGCCUGUAGAAGCUUCGCAAGAUGUUGAGCAAUCUUCAAAUAAAAUGUACCAUGAUGUUGGCGAGAAUGAAAGAAGUUCUUGGUGGAAGUUUUGGUCUAAGAAGCCUAAACAUAUAAAGGAUCAAGUUCCUGCUAUUACACCUGUUAAAGUUAUAGGGGUGGUUCGUGGGAGUGAGAAGCCAAGCAUUUUCGUUCCAGAAAAUGAUCCUGCUUCUGGUCAGUGGUUCUAUGUUGAUGUUUCUGCCAUUGCACGCACCCGUGGACUUGCAGAGAAUACUAUGUACAUUGAAGAUAUCAAUGAAAAUGUCAAUCCUAGUAAGCCAUACCCUGUUCCAAAGGAUGUCAACACUUUGAUUCGCAGUUCAGUCAUGCCACAAGACCAUCUAAAUUAUACAUUGACGUGGUAUUCUCUAUCAGCAGCAGUAACAUUCAUGGCCGUCAAGAGACUAAAACCAAGAAAGAGCCAGAGAUAGUCUUUCCUGUAAGAGAUUUUACAUUUGCACUUUAUCAUUGUGUUAGGACUUCGCUAGAUGUAGAAUGGCGGAACAGGAUUUGUGCAGCCACCCUUGGUGUUUGGGGCAAGGCUUAGUCGAGUUUUCCCAGUUAUGACUUAUGAGUCCAUAAGAAUAAGGAACUGAGUCAUAAGAAUAAGGAAUAUUUUUUUGGUAACUUGUGAGAAUAAGGAAUUUUUAUAUUGUAGGGAUAAAACUAAAGGUCGCCAAAUGAAGAUGACAGGUUCAUACCAUCUU